CUUUUCUAAUGUAUAUUUUCGGAUAAUAUUCUAAUUGAGACAAAUUCAAUGACCUACUUAUAUAUAUCAAUUUUAAAAAUAUUUAGCGUGUUUAUAUUAUAUAAAACAGGUAGAAAUUUUACGAUUUCUUUAUUAUUAUAAAACUGCAUUAUGAAAAGGAAUUAAAUAUAAGGUACAGCAAGAAGGCAAUGGCUCUUUAAAGAUGAGAAUACCGUCCUUCUAUUCGAUUGGUUCAAUAUAAAGUCUAAUUAUUCUUUGGCCGCUGGAUCAAAGGUUACUGAUAUUAGCGGAAAAAACAAGAAUGGUCAAGUAAUGGGCUCAACUUUGAAAUAUAUGGAUGAUGGAUCACUCUAUGUAGGCGACGGUGACGGAAUGAAGAUCUUGUCUGACUCUGAUUUGGAGCCAACUAGUGACAACACUUUGGAAAUAAUCGUCCAUUUUGAAUCAACAAUAUUAAAUACAGCUUCGUACUCAUAUUUAAAGAAAGACCAAAAUGGCUAUAAAAUUACUCCAUCAUCCGGGUAUACGACAAUAGCAAUACCAACUGGUUCGAAGGAUCAUUUUAAUGCAAAUAUUUCAAAAGUAGAGAAACAUCUUAGUUACUUGGCAGUAACAAUAGAUUAUCAGAGUAAAAUUGCUCAUUACUAUAAAAAUGGUGUCAAGUAUGGACAGAAUGUAAUUUCUGGAGCUGUAUCAUCUACACCACUUCUUCUUGGCUUUUGCGAUGGCUGGUGUGGAACUAGCGAUUUUCAAGGGAAAAUAUACGCUUUUAAAUGGUCAAAUUCUUAUAAAACCGCUUCACAUUUCGAAAAUAUUUGGAUUGAUGAUGGAGCUAAAGUUUAAAUUUACUCCAUGAAAAAAGAAGCAACGCAAUAGAAUACGUGGUUUAGAGA